UGUUUGUAGUACUUGAAUAUUCCUUCAUAUCCAUUGUUUUGAGAAAGAGCAACAGCAAGAUGUUGAAUCUCUCCAGAGAAGAGCUAGUGAUCGUGGUCGCAUUACUCUGUGUAGGAAUAACAUACCUGGCUUCAAAAGCUUGUAAAAGAGCUUCUUCAAACGAGAGAGAAGAUAUCCCUGGACGUCUGGGGUUACCUUUCAUCGGGGAAACUUUUUCUUUUCUCUCUGCCUAUAAUAGCACGAGAGGAAGCUACGAUUUUGUUACACCUAGGCGAUUAAGGUUUGGGAGGUGGUUCAAAACAAGGCUAUUCGGCAAGAUCCAUAUCUUUGUUCCUAAUUCUGAAGGUGCAAGGAUAAUACUUGCUAAUGAUUUUGUUCUAUUCAACAAGGGAUAUGUAAAAUCAUUGGCAGAAGCUGCAGGAAAGAAUAGCUUAUUUUGUGUACCCGUUGAGAGCCACAAAAGGAUGAGGCGCCUUCUAUCAGAGCCAUUCUCAAUGACUUCCCCAUCUGCAUUUAUCACAAAAUUUGACAAAAAAAUGUGUGCAAGGCUGCAAAAACUUGAAGAGGGUGGCCAAAGUUUCAAGGUGUUGGACUUCUGUAUGAAGAUGUCAUUUGAUGGAAUUUGUGAGAUGCUGAUGAGCAUCACGGAGGAUUCAUUACUAGAAAAGAUCUGGAAAGACAGCAUUGCCGCUGGUGAAGCCAUGAUAUCUAUUCCUGCCAUGAUUCCGGGCUCCAGAUACUAUAAGGGCAUGAAGGCUCGUAGAAGGCUUGUGGAAACCUUCACAGAGAUCAUUGCAAGACGGAGAAGGGGAGAAGAGUCUGCAGAGGACUUCUUGCAGUCCAUGUUGCAGAGAGAUUUAUUCCCAGCCAGUGAAAAGCUUGAUGAUUCUGAGAUUAUUGAUAAUAUGUUAACAUUCAUAUUUUCCGGACAGAGCACCACAGCAACAGCAAUGAUGUGGAGUGUAAAGUUCUUACAUGAAAACAAAGAAGUACAAGAUAUACUCAGGGAAGAACAAUUGUCUUUAAGCAAAAUGAAGCCAGAAGGAGCUCCACUUACAAAAGAAGACAUCAACAACAUGCCCUAUGGUUGGAAGGUACUUAAGGAAACACUGAGAAUGUCCAAUAUCGUGUUAUGGUAUCCUCGUGUAGCACUUCAAGACUGCACCAUUGAAGGGCGUGAAAUAAAGAAAGGUUGGCACGUUAACAUCGAUGCAACUUGUGUACAUUUCGACCCUGACUUGUACAAGGAUCCCUUGAAAUUCAAUCCGCAAAGAUUUGAUGAAACUCAAAAGCCCUACAGUUUCAUACCUUUUGGAGCAGGGCCGAGAACAUGCCUUGGGAUGUAUAUGGCAAAACUGAAAAUGUUGAUCUUUAUACAUAGACUCGUGGGGGGUUACACGUGGACACUUGAUGAUUUAGAUAAUAGCUUACAAGCGAAGGAACUCGUUCCUAAACUAAGGAGUGGUUGUCCAAUAACGUUGAAGUCCUUAAGCAAAAGCAGGUCGGAGGCAUAAAUGGCAACAAUAUGCAAACAACAAGCUGGGUGGUAGAAUAAAAGUUAUUGCAAAAUAAAAUAUUGUAUUGUUAUAAAAGAUGAAAGGUUGUCGUAAUAUGCAUUAAGGAGCCAAUAUUUUCUAUGUAACCAGUAAGUAUUUAUCAUUUAUCAUUAGAUUUAAGUUUAUUAAGCAGAUGCCCGUCAAAAAAAAGUUUAUGAAGCAGAUGAAAAGCUUGGAUGAUAUUUGCAAUGUGUAAACUUGUCUUCAAAUACAGUUGAGAGUCGUUUUAUGUCUUCA